ACUAUGUUUAAAUAGAAAUACAACUUAAAUGGCCGGCACAAGGACAAUUCGGUUAGAUUUGGUGCUGCUGCUGUUGCUCAUGUUACGUAGUACUUGGGCAGAGCCCGAGAAUAAAUGCAGCAAUUUGCAGCCGCAAUGCCCUGACAGCGGAGAUAGGUUGAAGUUUAACUUUGAUUUGGUGCCUAACAUACUAGUUGCACUGCAGGAUUACACACCGUGCAGCGAAACCCAGUGCAUCUGUUAUGUACUAAACAUUAGGCGAGAUCUGGAGAGCUAUGCCGUUACAGGAAUUACACAGAAAAUGAUUAACCAGUCUCGCCGGUUCGGCACAUUAUAUAAGGUCCUCAAUGGACGGCUGUACCGACAUCCGGACUGCACUUAUCCGUCACGGUGUGCCAAUGUCGAGCACUUUCUCCUCGAUGUCGUGACUGGGCUUCCCAAUAUGGAAUUUGUUUUAAAUGUGUGCGACUGGCCACAGGUCCAUUUUCUGUCUGGUUUAAGCGGGCCGGUACUCUCUUAUUCCAUUACCAGCCAACAUCUCGAUAUAAUGUAUCCAGCAUGGUCAUUUUGGUCUGAAUCAGGCCCUACUCUGCAGCUUUAUCCGCUCGGUAUAGGGCGUUGGGACUUAAUGCGUCACCAUCUUUCUGCUGUAGCCUCGCGCCUGCCUUGGAAAAGUAAAAAACCGAUUGCCUUUUUCCGUGGGUCCCGUUCUUCCAAAGAGCGUGAUAGUCUUGUUCUUCUUUCACAACGUAAACCAGAUCUAGUUGAUGCUCAGUACACAAGGCAUACAUCAGACAAGUCCACGUCGUCGCUGGACGCAGAACUUGUACCCGAGAUGCCCUUCUCCGGACAUUGUGGCUUUAAAUAUUUGUUCAACUUUCGAGGAGUUACAGCAAGUUUUCGGUUCCGCCACAUUUUGCUAUGCAAGUCUUUGGUUUUGCAUGUUGGCGAGGAGUGGCAAGAAUUUUUUUAUAUUGCACUCAAACCUUGGGUGCAUUAUGUGCCAGUGUCCAGCAACGCCACAGCUGAAGAUUUGGAGGAAUUAAUUUUGUACCUGCGUUUGAACGAUGAACUUGCCGAGCAGAUAGCGCAGCGGGGCUACGAUUUUAUAUGGAAUCAUUUGAAAAUGCGGGAUGUUGAGUGCUAUUGGCGGCAACUUCUAUUAGAAUAUGCCAAGCUAAUGACCUACGACGCUCAGCUGGAGCCGGAAUUUUACGAGUGUUGCCCCAUUUUUCUUGCACGGUCAACUGUGACGUCACAAACAAUCAGCCGGAAUCAAGGGGCAGGCAGACAUGGCCCAACUGAAUCCGUUUAGAAAGGCUUUCC